AUGACUUCGUCAAGUGAAGGGGAGAUCCUGCAAGUUUCUCAGGUGAUACGAGAACGAUGGAAAAUAAAGCAAAAGAUAGGCGGCGGAGGAUUCGGAGAAAUUUACGAAGCCAUCGAUACUCAGAACCAUAAUGAACGGGUAGCUGUAAAGGUUGAAUCUAGCAAAGCUGCAAAACAGGUGUUGAAAAUGGAGGUGGCAGUGUUGCGACGACUUCAGGGAAAAAAACAUGCGUGUAAAUUCUACGGGUGCGGACGGAACGACAAGUUUAAUUAUUUGGUAAUGAGUCUUCAAGGAAAGAAUCUUGCCGAUCUCAGGAGAGAGGCACCAAAGCAGUGCUUCAGCCUGAGUACGGCUAUUCGUUUGGGUGUACAAAUUCUGAACGCAAUUCGAGAAAUACACUCAAUAGGAUUCCUUCACAGGGAUAUCAAACCGUCGAACUUCGCGAUGGGGCGCAGCACAGCCACCAUGCGGAAGGUGUUCAUGUUGGAUUUUGGCUUGGCCAGACAGUAUCUGAAUGCAAAAGGAGAGAUCAGAAGCCCUCGAAGCGCAGCUGGCUUUCGUGGCACCGUACGCUAUGCCGCUGUGUCGGCUCACAAAAACAAGGAAAUGGGCCGUCAGGAUGAUUUAUGGUCACUGUUCUAUAUGAUGGCUGAGUUUUUGCAAGGACAACUUCCAUGGAGGAAGAUCAAAGACAAAGAUGAGGUGGGUCGAAUGAAAGAAGACGUUGACUUGAAUGUGUUGCUCGAGGACUGUCCGGGAGAACUACAUCAGUUCGCCGCCCAUCUUCGUACCCUCUCCUAUCCCGAUUUACCCGAUUAUGAGCUGCUUGAAAGCCUCCUUAUUCAAAUUAUCCACAAGAACGCAUUUGCGAUGGAUGAACCAUAUGACUGGGAACUUGGCUAUGAGAAUUUGAGCGGACGAGGAAAGGCCAACGGAAAUGUUUCUGCUCGUAUGAAAUCGCACACGACCGCUGUGAUCCGGGAUCAACGCUAUGAAGACAAGAAUAGGCCCAAGUACGGCAUGGUAAACAUGGACGUAAUUGAUGCAGUGAAUGCUCGACUGGCAGCAUGUGAUGUAGACCACCAGGGAGAUGACGCGAAUGAUGUGGAGGCGAAUUUCAAUCUACCAUUCUCCAUACUUCGUCCUCAAUUGGCCGAAACAAUACCUCUGGUCAACAAAUCAUUACCUUUCCCUGGAGAUAGGACCAAGAGCAAUAAAUCCCUUACGAUUUCCCUGAACAAGCGGAAGAAGGUCCCGACAGCAUCAACUGAAGGCGCCAUUGCGGACGAGUUGUCUGCAAAUAACCAGCGAACAGCUGCGACAAUUCCAAGCAAGUGGCAAGGUGAAUCGGUUACGUAG